CUUUUUUGGUUAUAGCUCAAGUUUUGCGAAAAGGUGGUGCUGCGCGCAUCGACGGCCAACGUUUCCAUAAAAAAAAUCGCGGCCUGCUGCCACCUGAGUUUUUGCUCCAAACCAAACGCCGGACAAUCGUUUGCCGAUCCAAGAUGUCCAAGCGCCGCAUCGAAGUGAUGGAUCCCUUCAUCAAGAAGCUGAGGGAGGAAAAGGGAAUGCUGGAUUCCGGUGCAUCCUCCAGCAAAAGUGGCGGCUCCGUUUCGUCCGGUAGUGGCGGUUCGGGAGGUUCUUCGGGGAAGAUGAAUCCACUUAACGGGAUUCCGUACACGCAGAAUUACUACAAUCUGUACAAGAAGCGCAUCACACUGCCCGUGUUUGAGUACCGCGCGGACUUCAUGCGGCUGCUGUCGGAACAUCAGUGCAUCGUGCUGGUCGGUGAGACCGGUUCCGGCAAGACCACCCAGAUUCCCCAGUGGUGUGUUGACUUUGCCCGGUGCAGCGGUUCGAAGGGAGUCGCGUGCACGCAGCCCCGUCGAGUGGCGGCCAUGUCCGUGGCGCAGCGUGUUUCCGAGGAAAUGGACGUGAUUCUUGGCAUGGAAGUCGGUUACAGCAUCCGUUUCGAGGACUGCUCGUCGGCCAAGACCAUUCUCAAGUACAUGACGGACGGUAUGUUGCUCCGCGAGGGCAUGAGCGAUCCGAUGUUGGAGACGUAUCAGGUUAUUUUGCUUGACGAGGCUCACGAGCGUACGUUGGCCACGGAUCUGCUGAUGGGUGUCCUGAAGGAGGUUAUCCGGCAGCGCAAGGAUCUCAAGCUGGUUAUUAUGUCUGCCACGCUGGACGCUGGCAAGUUCCAGCAGUACUUUGACAAUGCCCCGCUGAUGAACGUGCCAGGUCGAACGCAUCCGGUCGAGAUAUUCUACACCCCGGAACCGGAGCGGGACUAUUUGGAGGCCGCUAUCCGUACGGUGAUCCAGAUUCACAUGUGCGAGGACAUCGAGGGCGACAUUCUAAUGUUCUUGACCGGCCAGGAGGAAAUUGAAGAGGCUUGCAAGCGUGUCAAGCGAGAGAUCGAUAAUCUCGGUCCGGAGGUUGGCGAGCUCAAAUGUAUUCCGCUGUACUCGUCUCUGCCGCCGAACAUGCAGCAAAAGAUUUUCGAGCCGGCGCCUCCCAAGCGCCCGAACGGAGCGGUUGGGCGCAAGGUGGUCAUUUCAACCAACAUUGCCGAAACAUCUCUCACCAUCGACGGAGUUGUGUUCGUGAUUGAUCCGGGCUUUUCCAAGCAAAAGGUUUAUAACCCGCGAAUCCGCGUCGAAUCGCUUCUAGUUUCUCCUAUAAGUAAGGCCAGCGCGCAGCAAAGAGCUGGUCGAGCUGGCCGAACAAGACCGGGAAAAUGUUUCCGGCUGUACACGGAAAAAGCAUACAAAACCGAGAUGCAGGACAACACGUACCCGGAAAUUUUGCGGUCCAAUUUGGGAACGGUCGUCUUGCAGCUGAAGAAACUCGGAAUCGACGAUUUGGUGCACUUUGACUUUAUGGACCCACCGGCACCGGAAACGCUGAUGCGAGCACUCGAGCUGCUGAACUACUUGGCCGCGCUGGACGACGACGGAAACCUGACCGACCUGGGCGCCGUGAUGGCCGAGUUUCCGCUGGAUCCGCAGCUAGCCAAGAUGUUGAUCGCCAGCUGCCAGCACAACUGCUCCAACGAGAUCCUCUCGAUCACGGCCAUGUUAUCGGUCCCGCAGUGUUUCGUACGCCCGAACGAGAUGAAAAAGGCCGCCGACGAUGCCAAGAAGCGGUUCGCCCACCUGGACGGCGACCACUUGACGCUCCUGAACGUGUACCAUGCCUUCAAGCAGAACAAUGAGGAUCCGAGCUGGUGCUACGAUAACUUUAUCAACUUCCGCUCGCUCAAGUCGGCCGACAAUGUGCGCCAGCAGCUCGCCCGGAUAAUGGACCGGUUCAACCUGAAGCGCACGAGCACCGACUUUAACACCACAAACUACUACUUCAACAUCCGGAAGGCGCUGGUGCAGGGCUUCUUCAUGCAGGUUGCCUACCUGGAGCAAACGAAGCACUACGUUACGAUCAAGGAUAACCAGAUCGUCCAGCUGCACCCGUCGACCUGUCUAGGCCACCGACCCAACUGGGUGAUGUACAACGAGUUUGUGUUGACCACGAAAAACUACAUUCGCACCGUCACCGACGUGAAACCGGAAUGGUUACUGCAGAUUGCGCCACAGUACUACGACAUGAACAAUUUCCCCGAGUGUGAGGCCAAGCGCCAGCUGACGGUCAUAGCAGCCAAGCUCGAGACGAAACAGUACCAGCAAGGAUUUUAGACUUAAACUAGUUGCACUAAGAUUCAGUUUCGUAUUUGGUGUACCUUUUUGCACACUGUUUCCUGAUAUUUUGUUUUUAAGAUUCAAGUACCUUCUCGGUUUGCCCUGGUAGGUGGUAAAUACAUUUAGCAUAAAUCAGUGUACCCACUUGAAAUAUCAACACAAAUUAACGCAAAUGAUUCAGCUGACUAAAAGUAGAGGAUUUGCUGCAGGCAACAACAAAGGAUCCAGCUCUAAACUCACGAAUUAUGAACAGAUAAUAAACGUGUCACUUUUGCAAACGUGAAA